AUCUUGGCAGGGCCGUCGCCUCGGCCUGGAGCCAAGACACCAGCCUUUAGGCGCAAAAUAAAUCAAAACUCAGUCAGCGCUGUGUUUGGGCCCUCGGGUCGCCCCGAUCGAAAUAUAUUCCGAAAGCAGUUCGAUGCGAAUAUUGGUCCUCCUGUCAGCUGAGCAAAGAUGGUCGCAAGAUGGCGGCCGUCAUGAAGCAGUCUUGUUUAUUUCUCGCCAGAAAUAUUGUUCAAAGAAGUAUUGCUGCCGCUUCCAGCGACUGCAGCACGCUUUUGCAAAAUGGCAUUCCGGUUCGCGGCCUCUCCAGUGCUAUCACGUUCGAGAAGAAGCCGCGGUUGGGAAACGCCGUGCAACCUAACCUCCGCUUCGCCACCAAACCAGACGACACUCCGAGGAAGGAGCACGUAAAUAUAGGAACGAUUGGCCAUGUAGACCACGGCAAGACCACUCUGACAGCAGCUAUCACCAAAAUCCUUGCGAAAAACGGUUUGAGCCAGUUCCGCUCCUACGAUGAUAUUGACAAGGCUGAAGAGGAAAGAGCAAGAGGAAUCACCAUCAACGCAUCACAUGUGGAGUAUGAAACUGCGAAGAGGCAUUAUGCGCACACUGACUGUCCGGGACACAGAGACUUUUUGAAAAACAUGAUCUGUGGCGCCUCUCAAAUGGAUGGGGCCAUCCUUGUCGUUGACUGCAAUGACGGUCCAAUGCCCCAAACUACGGAGCAUUUGCUUCUUGCAAAGCAGUUAGGUGUAAAUAAUAUUGUUGUGUUCAUUAAUAAAGUAGACAUCGCCUCAGACGACCUCAAAGAGCUGGUUGAGUUGGAAGUGCGAGAUUUACUCACAAACUUUGGUUGGAAUGGUGAGGCUGUUCCUCUUGUCCACGGAUCAGCCCUCCUUGCUCUGGAGGGGAACACAUCAGACAUCGGUGAACCUGCCAUCAUGAAGCUGCUAGACAUCCUGGACAAUCAUGUCACUCCCCCUAAACGAGACUAUAAUUCGCCCUUUGUAAUGCCCAUCGACAGUGCAGUGAGUAUCCGGGGCAGAGGGACUGUGGCCAUUGGCACUGUCAAGGCAGGAACAAUGAAGAAGGACGACAAAGCGGAAUUGCUAGGAUAUGACAAUGCCAUAUCAACCACCAUCAGCACUAUUCAGGUAUUCAAUUCUGCCGUCCCUUCUGCCAGGGCUGGAGACCAUGUUGGUGUGCUUUUAAGGCAAAUGAAGGCAUCAAGUGUUAAAAGAGGAAUGGUUCUGUGUGCUAGAGAUGCCUGUAAACUAAGCAAUCAGUACGUGGGCACAGUUUACUUCCUAACAAAGAGUGAGGGUGGACGUUCCAAGCCUGUCACUUCAGGUUUCAUUCAAGUGCUAUUUGCUGAAACAUGGCAAGUAACUGCCAGGUUUGAUUUUGAGGAAGAAAUGGUGAUGCCCGGUGAAAGUAGUCCUGCUGUUAUAACUCUGCUGAAGCAAAUGGUGAUUUUGCCUGGGCAGAAAUUUUCAGUUCGUGAUGGAAUGCACACAGUGGCUUCUGGUGUUAUUAAUAGUGCCAAUGAAUGCGUGUUUUUACCAAAUAAACUGUUGUCCAUGUAUAAGCCUAAUAAAGCUUCUGAUGUCAAAAAUGCAAAGAGCAAAAAAUCCAAUAAGUCAUAAUUAAUAUUUUACCAAUUGUAAAUGUGUGUUAAGUGAGCAACUUUGUUAAUAAAUGAGAACUUAAUACAAUAAUCAACUUA